UGUUUAGAAUGUUUAGAUACAAUAUGUACCAACGACCAAUGAUUAUUGUUCCGUAUUAUAAUACAUUUAAUUACAGUAUUACAGUAUUUGUUAUAGGUAUACAUAAUAUACAUUUUUUAAUAUAUCGUUGAUCAAUGCAUGACAAAAUAUACAAAAUAUGGGGUACCUGUUGUACGUGUCUCAUUUGGUAAAUUUCGCCGAACCAUUUAAUGCAAGAGUGACAAAAUCCAAUCAACACAACAGUGGUGGGGGUAGCUGCGUGCAAAUGACAUUGCCCGUGACAUGGCGCGUUUACAUCGCGUGAUCGGUGAACCUAUUCGAUUAUUAUAUUUAGGAAGCAUAACUAUAUAUAUAGGUAUAUACAGUAGGGAAAAGAUCAUGGAGGUGUUUCCUCGUCGUUUGCUUGAAUGAAAGCGAUUUAAAUUACCAACAAUCCGUGCGCGAUUUGGAGCAGAAUCCCCUCCUACCGUUUCCCAUGUGGUCGCGAGGGAAAUACAUCUCGAAAAUGUAGCUGUGGUCAUUUUCGCACGUUUCCCGGCUCCAAUAGUGUGUAGAGAGUGAUCGCGGAAAAUCUUGUCGUUAUCAUGUUACCUACGUUUGCAGUAUGUUUUUGGGCAACGACCGCGUUGGCGGCGUGCAGCGCGAAGACUAGGGUGCACUAUGUACGUGCAGAUGACAGGUCACGGCGCGGGGACCCGUACUACUACCCGGAACGGUUGCAGUCUCGGGCUUCAUCAAUUUUUGGACCUUCCAUUCAGACCUCAGCGGCCGGGUUUCCGUACAGGUUUGUCUUUCCGGCCAACCACCCAGCUCUGAGCAGUUCCAUGUACUCGCCGUUCGUGCAAAAUCCGCAUCAGCCCGAACCCGCGGCGUACUCGGCCGAGGAUCUUUUCGGGCCACAACCAAUGACCAAGCAACAUCCACUGUCCGAUCUCAAACACCGGCAGCACCAGCAACAGCAACAAAACCAGCAACAACAACAGCAACAACAACAGCAAAUCGGCUAUGAGUCUAUGGCUAAAAUGCAAUACGACUUUCUGGGCGCCGGUGGCGGUGGUAAAAUACAAGCGCAACAACAACCUUCUGCAACUUACCAUCACCACCUGAUCAAACAGCCAAAACACUAUCAGAGCUACGAAUUGGCGCCGAACUCACUGCAGCAGCCCAUGCACCAGCCACCUUAUCAAUCGACACCCUCUUCCAUCGGUCAGCCGAUCAUGCUGCUCAUACCUUCUUCCGGCCAGCCCGGCGCCCCAUACCAGACUCUGGUCUUGGUCCCUUCGUCAGGGUCGCCGUCUCCGCUUCCGGCGCCAGUAUCUCUAUUUCCGGGUUUCCACCAACAGGUCCAGCACCAGCACGGUCCUCCCGGCCAGCAGUUUGUGCAGCAGUCCGGCGGUUUCGUCACCACACACCCACGUGGCCCUCCACUCGUCGCCGGCUUUCCGUCCGGUCUCGGCGGUGGAGGCUUCGGUGGCGGCCUAGGUUUGGGCGGCAGCGGCAUCUCCGGACUCGGGAAGUUCCCGGGGGCGCAACUGUUCCAUCGGUCGCAUGAACCGCUUCCGAAACACCCGAUCCAUCAACAACACCAGCACAAGGUGUCGUCGUCGUCGAUACCAUUAAUGCAGCCGACGUCGUACCAAGGUUCCGGGUCGACGCAUGUGUCACACACUACGGCCGCUGGAUCGGCAGCGCAACAACCGCUCGAGGACAAGGUCGGCCACGGUACCGGGACGUCCGGUGAAAAGUCUGACGACCGUGACGACGAUGGCAGAGACGGCGGUAGUGGCAGCACCGAAACCAAAAGCGAAGACAAGUCGCCCGAGUUCGGUGACAAGACCACCGUAAAACCCAUCAAACGGAUCGUGGUCACGUGAUGUGCUAACGUGAAUAAUAAUAUGAAUUGCGUACGAAAUGUUUUAGUAUUAAUUCUCCUGCGUAUUCCCAUAUACGGGUGAUUCACCAAGCAUACUCACCUUAAUUUUUUCCUUUAAUCAUAAUUUGAUUCAAAUUCAAAUUUUUAGAAUUCUCAAGUAUACAUAAUAUAAUACUUGGACCAUAUUUUCAAGCACUAGAAAUUUUAUUUUAAUGCCAUUUAAGAACUAAAAAGGUCAGUAAUCAAUUGUUAAUUAGUUAACCUAUUUAAAAAUAUUUAUGUAUAUCAAUCACACUUCGAAAGUGUAAUUGUUACGUUAUUUGACUUUAUAUAUUAACUAUUAGGGUCCAUUAUUAUAAUGGGUUAUGAUUUUUUUAAACAAUUUUUUUAACCCAUCAUGGGUUUGAAAGAUGGGUGCUAUGAUGAUUUAAACAUUUUAGUUAAUAUUUAAAAUUUUUAGUUUUUAAAAUGGUCUAAAGUAUAAUAAACACUAUGUCUAAUAUUAUAUCUGUUUUAUAUUUGUUUAAAACCAUUUUUAAGAACUUACUAUUAUCCAUAACUAGCUUAUACAUUGUAAUAUCUCAGAAACCAUUUGUUCAGAUUUUGAUCUAGGUAUAUCAACUUUUUCAAAAAAAAAUAUUUGCUUACCUCACAAUAUUUAUAAUAAUACAAACCCCAUUUGAAAAAAAAUUAAUAAAUUGUAUCAGG